AGAAGCGCCUGGGUUCCAUCUCCCUGAGAAUCAUUCUGCCUCGCCCGAGGACUUUGAAACUGCGUGCUCCUAAUCGUCCGGGGCCUGAUUCCCACCAUAUCCUGCCGUCGACACCGGGCAACCAACAUGGAAGAGCACAACAUCACGAUACUGCUGCUUGGAGACAAGAAUGUCGGGAAAUCUACCUUCCUCUCACGCAUUAGCCAGGGGAAGGAUAGGCUGCGGGGGAGGGCUGACAUCACCCUCCUGCGCGACUCGGACCAGCCCUUCCUUUUCGAGUUGCGAUCUAGAAAAGGCCUCUAUAAGGUAGAGCUACACGACACAUCGGCUCCCCACGACUGGCACAUCCUCCGCCCAGAUGUUGUCGUCAUAUGCUACGACAUCAGCCAACGCCUUAGCCUCAUCAAUAUGCAGAGGGUGUGGAUCAAAGAGGUGAGGUCGACGUUACCCGAUGCGGACUCCCUCCCGAUCCUCGUACUGGGCCUCAAGCGGGACCUGAGGUCGGAAGACGAUCCAAACGGUAUCAUAUACCCACAGGAGGGGCACAGGAUCGCACAGGAGAUGAGGGCGGACAAUUAUAUGGAGUGCUCGGCCGUGACAGGUGAGCUGCUGAGCGAGGCGUUCGAGGACGUCUUCAAGGCCGCGGUCAAGACGACGACAGACGAGGGAGGACAGAGCGAGGGAGGAUGCGGCAUAAUGUGAACGGACAGAAGUAGCGACGCCCUAUGCUCCCUGUCCGUUCUCGAUGGAGUCGGCGAUCGGCUCCUCUCCCUCUUCGCCUCCAUCCUCACCGCCGGCACGCGGGAAGGGGCCCAGGACUUGGACGACGAUGUCGAGCAUGCGGGACUGCUGGUCGGCCGAGUAGCGUUCGGCCAUCUCCUCAACGCACACGUACAGGCCUGGCAGCUCGGUGGGGCGCAGGUUGACGAUCAUGAGCACCUCGCCCUUGGAGAGACCAAACUCGGCGAGCCGCUCGACCAGGGAGGCGAUGCUGUCCUGGUCAUACGUGGGUGGCUGCUGACUGAGAGGGUUUGGGUAUGUUUGGAAAUAUUGCAUCACCUUUUUGUUUGGAUCCAAAGCGAUAACUCGCGUCAGCUCUCUUGUUCCUGGUAGCCAAGUCAGCAGGACUGUAGAGUCGAGUUUUACGCACAUCUUUGGUCACAAUCUGGUAGUUUUUGGGGGGGCGGCGGUGCUCCUUUUUCUGCCGCUCAGCGAAGCGAGCCUUGGAUUCGACGAGGUGGGUAUAGACCUCAUAGUUACUAAGGACGGCGUUUUGCGACUCAAGGAUCUUCAUGGUUGCGUGCGAUGUUGGUUUGGCGGAGAGUAUUGAAAGUCACCAGCGAGGAAGCAGGAGCGAAAUGAAGCUUUUCUGACAGGUGCCCAGACGUGCAUCACCAAGUGGACUUUGAGAGAAGAAAAAAAGCCGGCGUCAUCAAUGGAUGGAGCACCCACCAGGCACCC